AUGGCCGACAUAGCAGGCUUGGAGGCAUACGCCUCCGUCCAGCAGGAUGGCCGAAACACCUGGCAAAGCGUCGCAGCCCAGCUGGGACGCCAGCUCUCUGCGACCCCGUCUCACCUAUCCCGAGCGCUGUAUGUGCCUCGUCACGAUAGCAGCAUGUCGCACCUCCCAUUGUACGACAUCAGCACGCGGUAUGCAGACGCCGUAGGCGAUCUCCCAAUCGGGUCCAGCAAAUACGCCGUGAAGCUGGGCCUGAUGCAGCGCCCUCGCGGCGACGGAGGGGACGAUAUCCUCGUUCUGUGUAAUGCGCACAUCAGCCCUGUUGGCGACAGCGACACGGUGAAGGGGUCGGUCCAGUAUCGCGGACAGCCGACAGAGCCGUGUCCCGAGGUUGGUCUGUCCAUUGGAACUUCCGACGACAAUGUAUGCUGUGUUACCAUCCCAGACCCUGCUGGGUCGGGGACAAGCCUGCAGUUCGCCAUGACGUGCUCCUUCCCUAUCAGCCCGUCGGUGACCCGGGAGGGCACCUUCACGCAUCCGUACUUUACGUUCAGGCUCCCGGGUGAGGCGGGUGGCGCCGAUUUUCAAUGGCAGAUUCAUCCUGUCGAGCAUGGGCCUCUGCGAUAUACCCUGGUUCAGAUGCCGCCAGAGGGCCAAACAACGAAUGACCCGGAGAUCCAAGCGAUAUAUCAUCAUAUCGGGCUGGGCGCUUCGCUUUCUCAGUCUCACAGUGAAGGCGUGCUUUUGCUACCUUCCGCGAUGUCGCCAGAAACUUGCGUCAUAGUUGUGGCUACUGCAUUGGCGAUGCUUUCGAGGCUGAGAGGUCUUAACAAGGACCAGAAAGGGCACAAGAUGGCCAAGGAGUCGAAACAUAGCCGGCUGGCGUCAAUUAAGAACCUUGUCAAGGGAAAGCGUACAUAG